AUGAUAUCGUCAUCGGACAUCGAUAAAGAAUCACAGCUGUAUGGGAUUCCAAUUAGCAUAAAAGAGAGUUUUACAUUGGGCGGUUAUGAUAGUACUUUGGGUGUUAUUAAACGCUGUAGCAAACCUAUGAGCGAUGAUUGUGUUCUCGUGAAAGUACUCAAGAGUGUUGGUUCAAUCCCCUUCGUAACUACUGUGACCAGUCAGUUAUGUCUCACAUUGGAUAGCUUUCACUGUAUUUAUCGUGAGGCAAAACAUCCAAUGAAUUCGUCGAGAAUGCCUGGUGGGAGUUCAACGGGGGAAGCUGUACUAUUGGCGUUGAAUGGUUCUCCAGUUGGUAUUGGUAGUGAUAUUGCUGGUAGCAUCCGUAUCCCGUGCGCAUUUUACGGGAAUUAUGGAUAA